AUGAGGGAGAUUAUAAGCAUACAUAUUGGGCAGGCUGGAAUUCAGGUGGGGAAUUCAUGUUGGGAACUCUAUUGUCUUGAGCAUGGAAUUCAACCCGAUGGUCAGAUGCCCAGUGAUGCCUCAGUGGGUGUUGGCCGCGACGCUUUCAAUACCUUCUUCAGUGAGACUGGAGCAGGCAAGCAUGUGCCUAGGGCCAUAUUUGUCGAUUUGGAACCAACUGUUAUUGAUGAAGUAAGGACUGGGACUUACCGCCAACUCUUCCACCCCGAGCAGCUCAUUUCUGGGAAAGAAGAUGCUGCUAAUAAUUUUGCAAGAGGACACUAUACUGUCGGAAAGGAAAUUGUAGAUCUCUGCCUUGAUCGAGUAAGGAAAUUGGCCGAUAAUUGCACUGGUUUACAAGGAUUUUUGGUGUUCAAUGCUGUUGGUGGUGGUACUGGUUCUGGUUUGGGGUCCUUGCUGUUAGAACGGUUGUCUGUAGAUUAUGGAAAGAAGUCAAAGCUUGGAUUCACCAUCUAUCCUUCUCCGCAGGUUUCAACAGCAGUUGUCGAGCCUUACAAUAGUGUUCUCUCUACUCAUUCCCUCCUUGAACACACAGAUGUAUCUGUGCUCUUGGACAAUGAAGCUAUCUAUGACAUUUGCAGGAGAUCUCUAGACAUCGAGAGACCAACAUACACCAAUCUGAACAGAUUGAUAUCGCAAGUCAUAUCAUCUUUGACAACAUCAUUGAGAUUUGAUGGAGCCAUUAAUGUUGAUGUCACAGAGUUCCAGACUAACCUUGUACCAUAUCCCCGCAUUCAUUUCAUGCUUUCCUCAUAUGCUCCUGUUAUCUCAGCUGAAAAGGCAUACCACGAGCAGAUCUCUAUCCCUGAGAUCACAAAUGCAGUUUUUGAGCCCUCAAGCAUGAUGGCCAAGUGUGAUCCCAGGCAUGGAAAAUACAUGGCCUGCUGCUUAAUGUACAGGGGGGAUGUUGUCCCCAAGGAUGUUAAUGCCGCAGUUGCUACUAUCAAAACAAAAAGGACUGUACAGUUUGUUGACUGGUGCCCAACAGGCUUCAAAUGUGGCAUUAACUAUCAGCCUCCAACAGUUGUACCGGGGGGUGAUCUUGCCAAGGUGCAGCGAGCUGUGUGCAUGAUCAGCAACAACACAGCAGUGGCUGAGGUGUUCUCACGCAUUGACCACAAAUUUGAUCUCAUGUAUUCGAAGAGGGCAUUCGUUCACUGGUAUGUUGGUGAAGGCAUGGAAGAAGGAGAGUUUUCUGAAGCUCGUGAAGAUCUGGCUGCUCUAGAGAAAGAUUACGAGGAAGUUGGUGCUGAAGGUGUAGAUGAUGAAGAGGGGGGAAGUGAAGAUUACUGA